AUAAGAAUGUGGUUAAUUUUGCUGAAUCAGUUAAUUUUCAGGCUACACUGAUGGUUUUCCUCCUUGUGAUUGACAGGCUUUACGUGAUUCCAGGAUUGUCUUGGAGUCCUGUACAGAUCUUUUCUGCUCCUCAAGAGGUUCAGGUAGUAUUCCCUUCAUUUUCAAAAGUUGGCACAUCUCAAAAGGGGAAACUUGUAUACAUUUUUAGGGUGGAGCAUAUUUGUUUGUUUCUCCGGAAAAAAGAUGAGGGGAGCUGUGCUCGUGGCACUGGUUGCAACCGUUGGAAACUUGUUACAAGGAUGGGACAGUUCAACCGUCGCAGGGUCCGUUCUCUACAUCAAAAGAGAAUUCAAUCUGCAGACUCAACCAGCAAUCGAAGGCCUAAUUAUAGCCAUGUCACUGAUUGGGGCUACAUUUAUCACUACAUUUUCUGGCCCUGUAUCAGAUUUCCUGGGACGAAGGCCAAUGCUGAUAAUGUCAUCAGUUCUCUACUUUCUUAGUGGUCUUACAAUGUUAUGGGCUCCUAAUGUUUAUGUUGUACUUUUGGGAAGAUUAAUUGAUGGAUUUGGGAUUGGAUUAGCUAUCACUCUCAUUCCAGUCUAUAUAUCAGAGAUAGCCCCUCCUGAUAUCAGGGGGCAAUUGGGUACGCUUACACAGUUGAUGAGUUCAGGAGGGAUGCUCUUGUCAUAUUGUAUGGUGUUUGGAAUGUCGUUGAUGCAUUCACCGAGCUGGAGGCUGAUGGGGGGCUUUAUUACUGUCCCAGCACUCAUUUAUUUUGUAUUCACGGUGUUUUAUUUGCCUGAAUCUCCAAGGUGGCUUGUGAGUAAAGGGAGAACAAUAGAGGCCAAGCAGAUUUUGCAAAGACUUCUUGGCAAGGAAGAUGUUUCAGGUGAAAUGGCUAUGCUAGUUGAAGGGCUUGAAGUUGGGAACCAUACUCGUAUUGAGGAGUACAUAAUUACUCCGGCAUAUGAGCUUACUGAUGACCAUGAGACCACCACUGAGAAAGAUCAAAUCAAAUUGUAUGGCCUUGAGGAGGGCAAGUCAUGGAUUGCCAAACCUGUCUCUGGACAAAGUCGUCAGGGGAGCUCUGCAUACAGGAGCCUGCCUCUUAUGGAUCCUCUGAUCAAUAUCUUCGAAAGUAUGCAUGAGAAUCUUUCUACAGCAGGAAGCAUGCAAAGCACUACGAAUAGCAUUUCUAGUGUCUCGGGAAAUCUAGGGCAAACUGAUUGUUGGGAUUUAGAGAAACAAAUAAAGGACACAGAUCAUCAGGACUGUGUAUAUGCUCCGGGUAAGAUUGAUUCUGAUUACAAUAUCCGAACCCCAUUCCUCCCUCGUCAAGGGAGUGACACGGAGACGGAUAGAUCUCAUUCUGUAGAAGCCACUGUUGUUGGGGGUGGCUGGCAAUUGGCAUGGAAAUGGUCAGAGAAUGAAGGUGAAGAUGGGAAGAGGAAAGAAAGACUUCAAAAGGUAUAUUUGCACCGUGAGAGUACCCUUGCAUCUCUGCCUUUAGGAUCUUCCAUUUCAAUUUCUGGUGACGAUCUUCAUAAAGGUCAUGAAGUCCUUCAGGCUGCUGCUUUGGUUAGCCAGUCUGCCUUUCGUCCUAAGGAUCCAAGUAAUCAUCCUCCAAUUGGACCACCAGUUGUUCAACCAUUGGAUAUUGCUGCCUCAAGGCCAAGCUGGACUGAUCUUUUCGAACCAGGAGUUAGAUGGGCACUGAUUGUUGGAGUAGGUCUUCAAGUACUUCAACAGAUUUCUGGGAUAAAUGCGGUUCUCUAUUAUGCUCCUCAGAUUCUUAAACAAGCAGGUGUAGCAGUUAUUUUAUCAAAUUUGGGAUUGGGGACAGAUUCAGCUUCUCUUCUGAUAAGUGCUUGCACAACAUUGUUGAUGCUUCCUUGCAUUGCCACUUCCAUGAGACUAAUGGAUGUCUCUGGUAGAAGGUCGAUUCUGCUGGCUACAAUUCCAAUCUUGGUAGUGUCACUCGCUGUACUGAUCAUCUCCAACACGGUUAGCAUGGGCGCCAUGGUGAAUGCUAUAAUUUCAACUGCCAGUGUUGUGGUAUACUCAAGCUGCUUUGUGAUGGGCUUUGGAGUCAUUCCUAACAUGCUGUGUGCUGAGAUAUUUCCCACCUGCAUUCGUGGAGUCUGCAUAGCCUUAUGUGCCCUCACCUCUUGGAUAGGAAAUAUGAUCAUCACCUACACAUUUCCUAUUAUGCUCAACACUCUCGGCCUCGCCGGUGUCUGCUCAAUCUAUACUGUCGGAUGCAUCUUGUCUUGGAUUUUUGUUUUCUUGAGAGUCCCCGAGACUAAAGGCACGCCUCUGGAAGUCAUUCCGGAGUUAUUUGCAGCAGGGGCAGCCACAGCUCCCAGGAGUAGCUGACAAAAACCCAUGUUUUGUACUCCUAGCUAGGUUCAUAAAAGUAGAGUUUGUUCCAUUCAUCCUGUGCUCUUUUGCACCAUCCCCAUUGCAUCAUGUUUCUUGAUGAAAUAAUGGCUUGUC